AUGUGUGCGGGCUUUGAUGUCGCCUCAUUAAUGAGCAUUUCCAAGUCUAUUUCAUCUAAUAUUCAGUACGGUGACACAGAAGAAGAUAAAGAAGAGAUCAAAAUAUCUAUUGUGCCGAAACGUGGUGGUGUAGUGAACUCUCCAGCCGCCAUAGCCACACAGGCGUUUGUAUCGAGCUCACCACCAUUACCGACCGUUCAUAGUCAGGAACUUACCGUGAAAGACGUGACUAUGGACAACGAAGUUGAAGAUAUAACGAUGACAGAUAGUUCAUCUCUAUCGCCAACAAACCAUGUGAUAAUGGCGACGACGUCACCGCCAUUACAAGACAACCAGAUAAACACAGUGGUCUCAAAUUUAUUAAAUAUGGAGGUAGAUAGUGCUGCACAAGAAACUGUGACUGUUUCACUUGAUACUGUACUGCCGAAGUUAACGGACAAGAAUUGGAAAGUAAGGAAAGAAGGCUUUGAAGACCUGAAGCUAUUAUUUGAACAGCCAAAUGUCAAGACGAGUCAAGUGCAAGCAGCUGUGGAGCUAUUCCCAAAAUUAUGCGAGGAUUCAAAUGCCAGUGCAAUGGAAGCAGGGUUUGCAGCGGUGCUGGCAUACACUUUAAGUGUAGAGCCAUUUAACAAGGAAAUUGUGACUGGUGUGAUGGCACGGGUGACAGACAAGGGGUUUUCAGCACGACCGGGUAUUGUAAAAAUUUGCGAAGAGUUGACCGACGCGUUUGUUGCAGCUGGAGCAGCGGAAGACACGACGGUGGCUUUGCUCGAAGGAGCCAAAAAUCGCAAGCCAAAGGUGCCGCCAGCAUGUCUUUCUUGUAUUCUUGAGGCAUUAAAAGGAUACGGUCCACAAGUGUUGCCAUUGCAAACUAUUAAAGCAGCACUGCCUAAGCUCAUGGAGGGCCCUGUAAAAGCACGUCCGAUUGCGAUGGGUAUCAUUGUGGAGAUUUUUAGGUGGACUGGUCCGGCGCUCGUUCAGGAUAUUGUGGCAAACCUUCGUCCGGCCCAGCAAACUGAAUUUGAGGGACAGAUUAAGGAUGUUAUUCCUGGUCAGGCAGCACCUACGAAGUUUAUCAAAGGCGCUAAGCCCAAACGAUCCGUUGCCAGUGGUGCAGGUGAAGGGGCGUCUAGUGGUGCAGCAGGAGCAACCGAGUUCGCACCUGCAGCAAUUGAUCCUCGUGAUUUUGCCGAGACAGUCGAUUUACUUGCAAAGCUGCUUAAGACUGAGUUUAAGGCCAAGUUGGCCUUACCGAAGUGGAGCGAAAAGGUGGAAGCACUAAAGAUUGUUCUGGAGCUCAUAGGCCCCGUACCGAAGCUUGCAAAUGGGGAUUUUUAUGAACUGGUGUCCACGCUAAAGGUACUGGCAAACGACUCAAAUGUGAACAUUGUGGCUAAAUCGAUUGAAGUAUUUGGUGCGCUAGCGGACGGCUUACGCAAAAACUUUACGCAAUAUGCUCGAGUGAUGUUUCCUGAGUUGCUGCGAAAACUUUCAGACAAGAAGUCGGUGAUUUUGAAUGCGACAAAUAAGACAUUGGACUUAUUCUUGCAGCAUGCAAUGACAAUUGAUAUGAUGAUAGAUGACCUGAAGCUAGCAUGCGAUGCAUCAAAGAACAAAGCUCCGCCUGCACGCGUUCAGACGAUGUGUUUCUUAACGCGCGCGGUCAAAAACCGCUUUGUGGAUUUGAACGACAAGGCUUUGGUUGUGUCUUUUGGAAUGAUGUUCUCCAAGGGCAUUGGCGAUUCCGACCCGAAAGUGCGCGAAGCUGGUCAAACAUCGUUUAUUGCGCUCUUGCAGGCUUCCGCUCAGGCAUCGGUGUGGAUGAAAAAUAUAAUGGAAGAUAUAGCGCGCAAGAAUAUACGAGCAUUCAAGGCGAUCCAGCUAGGAAUAGGAAGUGGAACUCCACUAACGCCCUCUUCUCGUCCUGGUACACAAUCCUCUCGCCUUGGCAGUGCUCCACCAUCGCGUCCCGGCCGCGCAAGUAGUGCUAUUAGCCGCACCAGUGCUUGCAACGUAAAGGCACCGGAACUGGAAGUGAUAAACGCGGACAUGGCAAGUCCAGCGCCUGGUGGCCACCGUCAUCCUCCUUUGAAAAAGCGUGGGUCACCUGCUCGACCCGGAAUGAAGCUUAAUGCUACCGGCGCUACGUCUGCAAAAGCUGCACCAGCGAAAGGAACUGUGGCAAUAGGAUCAAGCUCUUCGGCAGAAGCUGAGGAUAUCAUUGCGGAACUUCAGCUGGAGAACUGGGAUGAAAUUAAGAAAGGUUUUGCAAGCUCAAAAUGGAUGGAACGAAAAGAAGCAAUUGAGGGAUUGGAGAAAUAUGCUAAAACACACUCAAACAUGAUGAAUGCUAGAGUGAUUGAGGCGUUUACGAUUUAUCUGUCAAAGCAUGUAAAGGAUUUUAAGGACAGCAAUAUUAACGUAUUAAAGAGUUCGUUCCAGGCUGUGGGAACCUUCGCAGAGACAGCAGCCAGCAAGUUCCCGCGUGGAGUUGUCUGUCAUGUUGCUGCUCGUGCUUGUGACAAGAUUGGUGACAGGAAGGCGAAUGAGGCUGUUCGUAACAUGAUUAUGCAAUUUUGUGAAGUAGCAAGUCCAUCGUAUACAACUGGGUGCAUGAUCGAGUAUAUGCCGAAGGUCCGAUUACCGCUAGCGCAUAUUGAGGCACUUUCUGUUUUAUUGGAUUGCGUAAAGGACUUUGGCGUCUCCGUUUGCAAUCCACGCGCUUUGAUUGAAUUUGCGAAGGGGCCGCAAGGGUUGGAGUCAUCAAACCCCAAGGUUCGCAGCGCAGCUAUCUCACUAUAUAGUACAAUGUACUCGCAACUUGGACCGUCUUUACUCCCAAUUCUCAACCUGGACAGCUGGAAGCCUGCAUUGGCUGAGACAAUGAAGGAUGAGUUUAAAAAGGCAGGCUAUGAUCCGGCAAGUGCCAUGGUAAGUAUAAAGCGAAGAGUCAAAAAUAAAGAUGAAACCGCAAUGUCCGCAGAUCCAAGUGUCAUAUUCGGUCGUGUGGAUGUAAGUAAUCAGCUUACAAAGGAACUAUUUGAGAAUAUGAAAAACGAGGCUGAUAAGGGGGCAUGGAAGAAGCGUGGAGAGGCUAUGGACACCGUCCAAGUAAUUUGUGAGGGUGCUGGUUGUGCGAUCGAGUUCACACGGCCUGUGCAAGAACUACUUCGCAACCUAAAAGUUCGUUUGAACGACUCAAAUGCGAACAUGAAGGUGAAAGCUGCAAAUGUGAUUGCGGUGGUUGCGUCAAGUGUCGGGCCUGAUAUCGGUAAGAUGUCGAAGAUGCUUGGUCCAAGCUUGAUUGCCGGAGUUGCUGACAAUAAGAAGGUAAUGCAAUCAGCUGCAAUCCAAGCUCUGCACAAAUGGGUUUGCCAUAGAGGCAAGACUUCCUGUAUUUGUAUGGAAAGUCUUCUGUUGCCUCUUUCGGAGGGCCUUUUGAAUACUGUUGGACGAGCAGAAUUGUUGGAGUGGGCAGCAGAGCACCUGAAAAAUUGCGAGAAGCUUGAUUUGCAUUGCUUGGUUGUUCCUACUGUUCAGUGUUUGAUGGAUAAGUCCUUUGACGCGCGUGAGAAAGCGCAACUGUUGCUUAUUGAAGUAUUAAAAUCUGUGGGUAAAGACACUGUACUUACGAUGGGGUGUCGCGACAUAAAGCCUGCCGCAAUGCGGGCUCUUCAGCCUUUGCUUGCCAAAGUAUGCGAAUUAGCAGAGGCGGGUGGGGCUGUUAGUACUGACGAAGAAGCCUCUUCUAUUUCAGGACCUACCAGAACGCCAACGCAUUCUCCUGUAACACCAUCUGCUGCGGGUUCUGGAUCAAUCAGCACUGGGAUUGGACGUGGUGGAAGUCGCAGAAGGGCAAGUGCAUCUGGAGGUGAUGGCACUUCAGUAAAGUCACGCCUUGCCCGACCUGCUGUAUUGAAGGCUCCUACGACAUCGCUUUCGUCUCAUUUCGCAUAUACUCAAAAAGAAAUCGCACCAUUGCUGAAGAUGAGCACCAGCAAACCUGCAAGAAUACUUAAAGGGCAGUUUAACCGCUGGCUUUUUGAGGCCACCUCCACAAGUGAAAUGAAUACGCGCAAGAGUGAAAUUGAGGCUGAGUGGAAGCCUUUCUUGUCGCCUGAGUUUCAUGCGAAACUCUUUGCUCCGUCAUUGGAGAAAGGAAUGCUAAGCGCGAUGGACGAGUUGACGGCGGUGUGCGUUGUCCAUCAAGCAGAUGAGGUGAUUGCCUCACUCGACCUUAUCUUAAAGUGGUGCACCCUUCGUAUUGUGGACAACAAUGUUCAGGCCCUGGCUAAGCUGUUGGAGUUUUUGGUUAAGCUACUGGACAUGUUAAAGGACACAAGAUACCAGUUAGAUGACGUUGAGGCUGCAAUUUUGCUUCCGUACUUACUCCAAGAAAGUGGACAGUCAAAGCCGCGUUUUCGCGUCCGCUUCCGUGAUGUGAUGAAGCUGGUUAUUGAUGUGUAUAGUCCUGAAAAGUAUGUACCUUUUCUAAUGGAAUGCUUUAAUGGUUCGAAGAACAUGAAGAGUCGCUGUGAGUGCAUUGAUCUUGUGGAAUUCAUUGUGAGUGUGCAUGGAUACCAAGUUGUUGGCCGAAAAUGCAUUAAAGAUAUAGGUAAGUACGUCGUAGCCCACGAGAAGGAGCUUCGUGAGAGUGCGAUCAACGCACUAGUAUCUGUUUAUAGGCGGACCGAGAAAGGAAGUUCGGACAAGUUUUUUCGGUUCGUUGGCAUCACUACGCAACAGGGUAUUGAUUUGCUAAGUGCACGUAUAAAACAUUUGCCUGUGGUAACUUUUCCAAAUGGAAGUGCUGCUGAAGGAAAAGUUGUGACAAAGCCAGAGCUGUUACAGCAACGCUCUCAACGGACUGGGUUCGGAUUCAGACGAGCUUCUAUUGUUACGACUUUGACGCCGACACAUAAUAAUGUUUCGCGUUCGAUGGAGUCACAUGCUGAGCCCAUUUCUGUGGCCGUGGUGAAGCAAUUUCCUGAUGGUCAUAUAGACGAUGACAUCAUCAUGAACACAGUAAAUGAGGAGGCGGUUGAAGAAAUCCCGUCCAGUGCGGCGAUCGAAGAGUUGCUAUUGCGCCCAAUUGAGAUGCUUAUCAACUCUUCAAAGGAAAUUGUUCCCGCUGGUACACCUGCGUACAAGGAAGGCGGGAACGCUCUGAAGGGUUUGUAUGCAAUCAUUAACUGUCCUUCGGACCCGUCAGAAGUCGAGUUUCUGCACUCGUAUGUGAACGAGAUUGUUUUGGCUCUUUGCGAUUGUAUACAUGGAGCCUUUUACGCAGGUAAUGCGGAGAAGAGGCCUGAGAUGUACAUUCUUGCAAUAAGCAUCACGACGUUAACCGCGAUCUUUAAUAGCGAGGCUGUUACUAGUAUGCAGCGCUACACUGUGGAACGCGUUUUACUGGAAUUGUGCUCAAAAAUAAUGGACCCGCGUUUGGAAAAGUUCUCUCAAAAGGCUAAUUUGCCAGUAACAGAGUUAAGUAUGUCACCGGAAGAGAAUCGUUAUCUCAUGGUCUACAAAGCGCUUUACAAGGCUAUGCGCAAGCUGACGGAAAGGGCGAAACCUGGUGAUGUGUACCCUUCGGUGAUUAAUCUUCUGCAACGUCUUAUGCACAAUGAUGUUGGUGAGUACAACAAGAACGACGCGUUAAAGCAUUUGUUAAAAGAAGAUUCUCUUGAUCAGCUUGUAGGACGUAUUCUGCUGAAGCUGACGAACGUCCAAGCAAAGGCACUUGCCCCAUUUGAGGGUAUUGACAUCUUUGGUGUUCUCAUGCAGAUGCAUGGGUUCUUUUCGACUCUACCGAGGGCUGAAGUCAUGAUGGUGGAUAUAGCCAACGACAACAUGCAGUCAGCACUAAAGAUUAUUGCUGAGAGCCUAACAAAGACACGACCGAGCACUUUUGAGGCAUCUCUAAAGGACAUUCCUUCUACUUCUAUGGUGCAUCAGAUUCUCGAAGAUACGGGAUAUGUUCAAUCCCAACUACAGAAUGCUGCCGAAACAGAGCUGCGUGUCGGAGAAAACGACACUUGUCUCUCGUCAGCGGCUCGUAAUUUGAACCACUAUGACGGCGGAAGUGCCGCCACAGGUGGUGCUGCUGCAACAGAAGAAACAAUUUCUCGACGUUUGUUUUCGCCACAAGAUACUUUCUGUAUUGCAGCCCAAAGAUCAAGAACGGCUUCAUUAGUGCCGUCAGUGGCUGCAAAUGCACCAACAACAACCCGUGGACGCAGUUUCACGUCGUUUCAUGACUUCGCUGUCAAUCGCGGCGCAGCGAGUAGUAUGCCACGUACGUCGACGACCAGCGAACAGCUUGAAAAUUUGCGGGAGCGACUACAAAUGUCCCGUCAUUUUAAUUAG